CCUCCGGUUGCGAAGCAGUGAUGUCAUUCCUAGGAGCUUCUGCGGUACUACAUAGGUAAGGUAAGAGGAUGAUCAUUAGCUUUGGUUGGUCUUAUUAUGUGAAAAACGUGCGGAGCAAAUUCUUUUCUUCAAACUUGAUUAUACUCUUCGAUGGCAUUCUCUGCGCUGUAUCUGUAUGUGCAUGUACAGUACGUAUUUACUCCAGUUCAUCAUGUUCCAAUCCAAUAUACACUAUUUGAGCAACUCCAGCCAUUAAGCCUCCUUGUUGAAGUGGGUAUAGCAAGACAUUAAGAUAAACCGAAAGGCGAAAACAGAAAACCAGCAAACUUUUUUCCACGGUCUGACAUGCUCAUAAUACCCGCCAGGAGUAUCAGCAACUCCGAUUAUUUUGAGGAUAGGGGGGUUGGGGGGGGGGGGGCGACAGUAUUGAAAGAAAAGUGAGAAGGGUCUAUUAUGCGUGUAGACUGUAGCGUGUAGGUUUAUGGGAAGUAAGAAAGGGAGGGGAUGGGGGAUGACCCGU